GGCUUAGGCCUUCGGUCUCCGAUCGUGCACUUUUCCCUCACUGUCUGCUUCUUCGCGGCGAUGAACUUGGCGGUCUGGGACAGCGUACCGUUUGGUCUCAAGUGGGGGUCAUUCUACUUGACAGGUUUUUCCCAGGGAUUAGGACCAGUCUUCCCCGUAAGUUUUCCUACUGAUGCCAGUUUUUAGGACUGACAAGACGUUCUAGACAAUGGUGAAUAAGGUAUGUGCCGGCGAAAGUCUUGAACGAAAGCUCAUCCUUGGAUCAACGAAGUCGAUCGCGCAUGCUUUUAAUGCAUGGAUCCCAUUGAUGACAUACAACACCACAUAUGCUCCAAGAUUCUUGGUGGGAAACUCAGUCACUGUCGGCUUGAUCGUGUGUGCAGCUUGCACGUUAAGUCUCGCCCUCUACUUACAACGACGAGAUGCAGCAGGAAGAAAGACAUUUAUAGUAUGAACAAGAAAAUUGGCCGUGGAUGAAGCGAUGGGAUCGAGCCAGGAAGUAGAACGGGCGGUCGUGUAGAAGCAUUAUUUGUAUGGCGGAAAUAGUACCAUCCAGGACUUGAUUGAUGGUUGUUUGUAGUCAGUAAGAUGGAAAUACUAGUUGGCAAACUGAACAUGGAAUUAAUCAAGCAAUCAAGU